AAGCCAUUGCACGAAAAGAGCUGCUCGCAGCCGCACCGCUGUGAAUAUCUCUAUGCUCGUUGCCAGGACUGUGGAGUGUGCAAAGAAGGAGGGAGAGAGAGCGAGCGCGAGGAGGAGAGGUGGAGGGAAUACAGUUGGAUUUGGAUACAACUGGAAAACUACCAGGCGCGCACAGCACGCACCGAACGGAAGGCACAUCGACGGCGCGUAACCAACAUUUCGCCCGGUCCCCGUCCCCCUGCGAUCGGAUCGAGCCGAGAAUGGAGCUCCCCGCCGCCGGAGAGCACGUCUUUGCGGUGGAGGGCAUCGAAAAGAAGCGCAUCCGCAAGGGCAAGAUUGAGUACCUGGUCAAGUGGCGAGGCUGGUCCCCCAAAUACAACACAUGGGAGCCAGAGGAAAACAUCCUUGACCCGCGUCUCCUGGUUGCGUUUCAACACAGAGAGAGGCAGGAGCAGCUGAUGGGAUAUCGUAAACGGGGACCAAAACCGAAACAUCUUUUACUGCAGGUGCCCUCGUUCGCCCGAAGAUCCUGUAUCCCUACAGGUUUUGAGGAAACGAUGCAGGAUGCAGAAGGUGGCCUCAAGUCAGAUCCUGUCCAAGUCCAGCGGCCCCAGCCUCAGCAGUACCAGCUGAACAGCAAGAAGCAUCAUCAGUACCAGCCCAGCAGCCAGGAGGUACCUGCUGACCAGCUAACCAACGGCAAAAAGAAGUUCAUCUACCAGCUAAACAGCAAGAAGCACCACCACUAUGAGCCUGACCCAAAUAUGUACGACACACAGGCCUCGAGGCUCAAAGAGGUGGUCAAAGUUCAGGAACCGGCCUGUAAACAAGCAAAUCCUGGCUGGAACUUACCGCUGGCUCUGCAGCAGAAAUGGGUUCGUGACAAAGACACAGGAUGCUUGAGCAAAGUCAAAGAGUUGGCAGUCGAGAUGCGGAAACCCACUGUCAAGGAGGCCGAGAGCGAACAUGCCCUCAAACCCAACCCUAAAGACGCGACCCUGCCAAGUUCUAUUAGCAGCAAAAUGAAGAUAAUCAAGAACAAAAACAAGAAUGGACGUAUCGUUAUUGUCAUGAGCAAAUAUAUGGACCGUAACAAGGUUCAUGGAGCAAAAGGUAAACAUGGGGAAUCGUCGAGCGAAGAGAAACCAAACAACACCAAACCGUCGGAAAACAAUCCAGCUCACAGAACCAAAAUGGUGGAGCAUCCGGAGAACGGUAUCCCCAAAGAGAUCUGUAACGGCAGCUCCCUUCCCGCCGCAGAGCAUCCUAUAAAGUGUUCCCCAAAGGACAGACAUUUCUCCAAACCUUCGCCAAGCACAGCAGAGGAAUACAACACCGAAGUGGCUCGGGGUCAGGCAGACUUGCCGGAUGAUCUACCGCUACAGCUGACCGCUAGUUCACCACUGAUGUCCUGGUCUGUUGACACCAGCAUCCCGACACCUACUGCUGUCGAGCAGAUCAGGAUCCCUUCCUUUCCCAGCGACCGCAAGCGAAAGCUCUCGGAUCCCGUGGAGGACAGGAGUGUUUCCAAAACCUACCUGACCUCCAGGAGCUUCAGUUUGCCAGGCACAGUCAUCACGCCGCCUCAGGACAAACCCAUGGACCUCCACUGUAGUGGCCGGCGCCUCGGCAGUACAUGCACAUAUGAGGCUAUGGCCUCUGGCAGCCAAGAGGAGCCGAUGGAUCUCAGCUGCCCAAAGACUAAGAGGCAGGUGGAGCCAGAAAUACUGCCAGAGCCGCUGCCAGAGCCCGAGCCUGCUGUCAGAGACACUCCGCCUGCGUCUGAGGAAACGCAGAAAGCCUCAGAGAAAUCUAAAGAAGCACCUGUUAAAAAACCCUCUCCCUUCAUGGGAAAUAUCAUCAUCACUGAUAUCACAACAAACAGUCUCACCGUCACCUUCAAGGAAUAUAUUUGGACCUCCGGGGUCCGCGGAUCCGCACCGGGAGCCCCUGACUCCGCUCGCCCCGCUGUGCCAGAGAUUCCUGUGCAGCAGCCAGAGCAGCGGGGCUCCUCCCCUUCACUCAGAAACCCGGAGCACAUCAUGGAGCUCUCAGCUGUUGGUGAGAGCGUCUUCGCAGCCGAGUCCAUCAUUAAACGGCGAAUCAGACGGGGUCGUUGGGAAUAUCUCGUGAAAUGGAAGGGCUGGUCUCAGAAGCACAGCACAUGGGAGCCGGAGGAAAACAUCCUGGAUGAACGACUCUUCGCUGCCUUCGAGGAGAGAGAGCGCGAACGGGAGCUGUUCGGCCCGAAGAAGCGGGGACCCAAACCCGAGACGUUUCUCCUGAAGGCCAGAGCCAAAGAAAAGACGUAUGAAUUUAGAAGAGAGGCUCCCAGAGGGAUCCAGGUUUCCUAUCCCACCCCGGAGCCUGUCAUAACACCAAGGGCCCGGGAGGGUUUACGCGCUGUGGUUCCCACAAUCUUCCCACCGAGCGCGGUCAACAGAGGAGAGAGUGUCCACGUCCGAGCACCAGAGCCCGAGAGGAGGCCCAGGCCGACCCCACCGGCUGCUCUGACACUCCAGGAGCAGGACCGACUCCCCAAAAAGAGAGGGCGCAAACCGAAGCUACAUUUACAUUAUGAUAAAGAAGAGGGAAGCAGCUCGGCAGAGCCGGACACCAAACGGAGCAGGUCUGUGGAGGAGCCCGUGUCACACGGCGUGUCCAAAGUGGCCAGACGGCUGCACCACCAACACGGAGAGACGUCGGACCACAGCCUCCUCCAGCUGACGAAGAGGUUCCAGGAGAAGACCACGAUCACGCCCAAAUCCAGCGGUGCGCAGAGACACGCGUCCUACACCUGCGCGUUCAAUCCCAACGAGAGGGGACACAGGACUCACUGUCUGAGCAGCAUGUCUGUCCCUCUGAAGCUGAGGCACCAGGUGAAGGAGUACAUGCCCACUCAGCCCGAGUCCACCCGUGACCCUGCCUCGAUGUGGACCCCCAGAUUCACCAGCCUGGACACUGUGACCGUGACGGACGUCACACUGAACCUGAUGACGGUCACCGUCAGAGAGAGCAGCACGGACAAAGGCUUCUUCAGAGAGAAAAGAUGAGUGUGUGCAGGAAUAUUAAAUGUUUAAAUAAUUGUUUAACAUGCUAACUCACUAACAAGCCUAUCCUGGAUCACCAUAUUUUUCUAUGUAACUUCGUAAAGUGUGAAUAGAGUAGUUUAAAACGCUGCUGGAAAAUUAAUUAAAUAGAGAAAGUGACGUUGCAACGUUAAGGUGUAUUUGAAGGUGUUAAAUAUCACUGAUUUCAUCUUGUUCAGAUUGUCUAUAAACACACUUUUUUACUGUACAACCAUAAUAAUCAUAUUUAGCUGUAGUUUAUGACAGUGUUCUCCAAAUAGGAAAGGUUAUAAGGUGACUGGCAUUUAUACAAUUUUUUCUAGUAAAGUCAGAAGCCAUGUAGCGUCUCAGUUUAGGUUCAGAAUAAGAUGUUUUUCAUUCAUCUUGUCAAGGUAUUAUAAAUGUUUGUAGGCACGAGACUCGUGUCAAAUAAUAAUCGAAAUUAUCAAAGGAACGUAUAGAGUUAGUGAUGUUUUAACACAGGAAAAUGAAAAUCCAUCUGCAGAAUAUCUACAUCAUUUUUCUAAGCGUUUCAGAAAGUAUUGUCUCUAAUUUAAAAAUCCUCAUUAAGGCUGCGGGAUAUAUAUUUUUGUAAAGGCUUUGCUGUUGUGCUGGGUUGGUGCCACGUUCAAAUAAAACAUGUCCGAUAAUUCCUGCUCAACAA